AGUUCUCCUGAGGAUCCACAAAUUUGGAGUUGUCAGGAGCGGUUACACGAGGAUCGACGUAAGGACAACAAUAUGGCACCGGUACGCGCGGCACUCAUCGGAUUCGUCUUGAUUACCGUGGGCUGUUGUAUGGCUCGUGCUGAUGUGGAUCCUUCGGCUACGCAAUCGGACGAUUCAAAGAUCGUCGGCGGUACCAAGGCAGAUGAGCGGAUCACGUACCAGAUUUCGCUUCAGGUGCUGGUCAGUACCCUGUUCGGUUUCGGUCCAAAACGCUGGAUGCACAACUGCGGCGGUUCGAUCGUAAACGAGUACUACAUCGUAACGGCGGCCCACUGUCUGGAUGGGAUGAACGCAUCCCGAAUGUCCAUCGUGGCCGGAACGAACGAUCUGCGCAAUGACGGUGCCAAGGGUACACGCUACUAUAUCGCUUCCUACCUCAUCCACCCGGACUACAUUGAGUUGAAUAGGAGUGAUAUCGGAGUUAUGCGUACGACGGAGCGGAUACAGUUCACGGAGAAUGUGCAACCAAUCACGUACUCGUCGACGUUCGUCGGUGGCAAUCAGACAUGCCUGUUAACUGGCUGGGGCUAUACGAUGCCAAUCCGCAUCGGAUCUACGCCGAAGGAUCUGCAGGAAGCGGAACUGACGACGAUCACAAACGACGAAUGUCGUAGCCGGGGCAUGCCCGUUAAUCCGACCGAGAUCUGCACAUUUACACGUGUCGGCCAGGGUGCCUGUGGGGGUGACUCUGGUGGUCCGCUAGUGUGCGACAAGCAGCUAUCCGGUGUAGUGUCUUACGGUACCCGGUACUGUGGCAUCGGCGUACCGGACGUCUAUACGCGUGUGUCCGAGUUUGACACCUGGAUUCAAGAGAACACCAAGGUAACGCAAGGGGACGACGGUGGAGCAGGAGGUGCAGAUAACUAAGCUGAGGCCAGAUAACUCCGGAGCACUAGCUAUCGGUACAAGUCGGCAGGAACAGUAACGGACAUCCGCCAACGUGAAUGACAGGCACUGUGGGCCGCAGUCCAGUCCACCGAUUUCUACGGACCGUUCCACACCACGGCCAAACCCCGGUUCCGUCCUGAUCUUCUCACUUCAAUCCAAUCCACCGUCACCGCUAAUAAACGUAAUUUAAUCCGUUCACUUUUCACAAUCCCGAAGUCCAUCGCCUGGGGCGUGCUUCACCCGGUCGCGGUUUUUUCGACGGAUCCGGAUCGACGGAUUCUAAAAAACCGAACAAUAUCAACUCACGCAA